UUUAUAUUCUCUAAAUUUGAAGAUGAUGAGCUGUUUGACUGUGUUGGGACCUCGCUUGCUCUCUGCUGUAACCACUCGUACGGUGUCCAGAGAGUUAGCGGCUACUCGGAUUGUGAUGGGUUAUAAUUACGAGCUUGGGAUUGUUGGCAUGAAAAAUAGGAGCACUUCGGCUUUACAUGAGAAUGAACAGAAGGAGAUGCAGAGGGCAACGGUAACCACCGGUGACGGUAACAAUAAUGAAGAUAAGAAGAGGAUAGUGAGUUACAAUUGCGAGCUUGGGAUUGUUGGCGUGAAAGAUAGGAGAGAUUUGGCUUUACAUGAGAAGGAACAGGAGGGAAAGCAGAAGGCAACGGUAAGUAGUGCUGACGGUAACAAUAACGAAGAGAAGAGGAUCGUGAGUUACUGGGGUCUGGAAUCUCCUGAGUUCACUAAAGAAGAUGGUACUAAAUGGCGAUGGAGCUGCUCUAGGCCAUGGGAGUCUUACAGAGCUGACAUAUCCAUUGAUCUGGAGAAACACCACGCGCCAGCGACAUUUACGGACAAAAUGGCUUUUUGGACCGUCAAAGCUCUCAGAUGGCCCAUUGAUAUAUUCUUUCAGAGGAGAUAUGGGUGCCGGGCAAUGAUGCUCGAAACAGUGGUGACAGUGCCUGCAAUGGUGGGAGGCAUGAUGUUACACUGCAAGUCAUUGAGUAAAUUCGAGCACAGCGGCGGCUGGAUCAAGGCACUUUGGGAAGAAGCCGAGAACGAGAGAAUGCACCUCAUAACUUUCAUGGAGGUUGCAAAGCCCAGAUGGUAUGAGAGGGCUCUCCUUUUACCAAUCCAAGGUGUGAUCUUCAUUGCAUACUCUUUGGGCUAUUUGAUUUCUCCGAAAUUAGCUCACCGCAUAGUUGGGUACCUGGAAGAAGAAGCCAUUCACUCUUACACUGAAUUCCUCAAGGAAUUGGAAAAAGGAAACAUUGAAAAUGUACCGGCUCCGGCAAUAGCCAUUGAUUAUUGGCGCCUGCCUCCGGAUUCAACUCUUCGUGAUGUGGUGAUGGUGGUCAGAGCCAAUAAGGCCCAUCACCGCGAUGUCAAUCAUUUUGCAUCGGACAUAUAUUAUCAAGGGCGUGAAUUGAGCGAGUCGGCAGCGCCGAUUGGGUACACUAAAAAGUGAAAAGAAAUAUGAAACAAAAUGUUUGGUAGAAGCAGAAUAAACAGAUUUCUUCUGACUUUUGGAUUGAUAAUAUGAUGUGUUACUGAGCUAAUGAUAUUUUAUUAUGAGUGAUUUAUAUCA